CUCUCUUGUUCUCUCAUGGAAGAUCUGAUCGGAGAUGGAUUCGUCCCCCAUACACCAAGGUUACCUCAAGAAAUAUGGUGGGUUUCUUUUCAAGCAGUGGAAGGAACGAUUUUUGCAGCUAACCCACGAAGGUAGCCUUCUCCUGUCCAGAGAUCCAGAGUCUUCAGCAGAUCUAGAAAUUCCACUUCUUACUCGUUGCCAUGCAAUCCUUGAGGGCACUGAGCUGGCAGACAUGCCCAAACUGCCCAUUGGGAUACAGAGGAACAGCUGUCUAGGUCUCUCCUUGAGUGAUGGAAGAACACUUCUGCUCCUUGCCCCAGAUUCACAGGAGUGCAGCAAAUGGAUAAACAUUCUACGGAAAGUAAAAGAGAGCUUGUCACAGCCUCCACUUUCCCCAAACAGUUGUAGACUUCAUAAUAAUUCUCCUAUCCGGAGAUGCUGCCGAAAUGAAAUUUCCAAUCCAACCAAGGACAAGGUGCAAGGAAAAGAAGGUAGAGCAGCUCAUUGUAAAGAAAAAUGUCCUCCACACUGCCUCCGUCAUGGUUCCCAGCUGCACUGGGGGGUGAAGACAGCAUGUGUGCUAAUGGGAGGAGCUGCUGCAGGUCCAACCCUGGGGUACAUGGUGACUUCAAGUCAUGGUGCUCGUUCUGUUGACACUGCUCUGCCAGACUUCCGGGAGCUCGGGUACCACCCUUCAACAGAUAUAGAAGGCUGCCAGUAUGAUGUGGAUUUUGAAGGCAUGGACCAGGAUUUCAAUGGUUUUGAUUUUGGUGGAUUUGCCUUUUAAACCUCUUUUAUUGUGUACCUACUGCUCCAGAGUAAGACUGUAAUGUUACCUACAUGUAUCCUGCACAAGCUUAGUCAAUGACCACUCUAUGUCAGACGAUGGGCGACAUAAUAUUAUCCUUGGAAAUUCUCAGUAGCCUUCCCUUAUGACCAAUGAGUAGCUUUUAGAUCACAUCUCCAGCAUAUUUGUGACCUACACUUGCGUUUAAAGGUAAAGUGACACCUUUGGGCCAGUCUAUUAAAAUGAUUGAUUUUAUUGUGACUUUAUCAGCACAAUUGAUUUCCACGUAUAUUAACCUUUUAAUUCCCACAACCUUUUAGGAGUUAGACUGAAAAAUCUACACAAAGAAGUCUCACACUUCCUGAGCACAAGUGUCAAGUAUCAACCUCUAAAAACUGUUUUGCUUUACUUUGUAUACUGCCAAUACUUA